AAAUUAGUGUCAUGAAAUUUGCAUCAGGGUGAGAGAUAACGCGGAUGUUUCAUUUCUAUAAGUAUUCAAAAUGUGCAUUGAAAUCAUUCUUACUGUACAAUUUAAGUAUUGUACCUAGCGCCAUCUAUUGAAAUUUACAAAACAAUUAAUUGAGCCAAACAAAUUGGUCUUGAUAUGAUAAAAUAUGUCCAUAUCUGCAGUAUUUAAUAAAUAUUCGGAAAAAUAUUAACUUUCAAUGACUUAGGGCUUAACAAGUAACCGUUUCCCAAACUAUUUCAAAUUAAUUUUUUUAGUGCAUUAAAAAUUCUUUGGCAUUUUAAUUUCGCAACGGAAUGACUGCUCGGUCAAUUCAGCCGCUUAAAAACUCUGUCAACACAGUUCCCACCAUAAUAUUCCAUGUUUAACGGACAUGACUUCCCUUAAUGUAGUCUGUGACGUCUGCAACGAAUAUUACAAAUCCAAUGAUUUCAUCUAUACAACGGGAUGUGGACAUCUAUUUCACAGAACUUGCCUAUUUCGCAGACUUCAAACUUCAUAUACCUGUCCCCAAUGUAGUGUUGGAUGUUUGCGGCAACAAUGUUAUCGGGUAUAUUUCAAGUGGAUAGGUCAAUCAACUGAUGACACAUCACAUCUUUUAUUACCAAACAUCGAAGUGGAAUCGACAAAUCCAUAUAAAACAAAAUAUCCCAGCAAAUAUAUGUGGCUUUUUGUUCAGCAUGAUUUCAACGACGAUCUCUGUCAACAAAUUGGUCUUUAUUUGGAUAUUAACGAAGAUAAUGGUUAUGCGAUGUAUGCUGCACGAGUAUAUUACAAGGGUGAUAUGAUUCCCGGUGUCUAUUGUCCACAAUCGAAAGGAGUGCAUAUAGUCUGUGGUAGUAAGUGUCAUUUACUUACUGAAAAUAUAGAAAUACUUGAUAUUUCCAAUGAUGAUGCGGUAUAUAAAUGGAUAAGAAGUUCUUAUGAUGAACGACCAGAAAAUGCUUUAGUUUCUGGUAAUGCCAUAAUGGGCAAUGAACCACUGUAUAUGGUUCGUAUCAUUCAUAAGGGUAAAGUUUUAUAUGGAAAAUUGCAUUUAAGAAAUAAGAUGGCAUAUGCCCCAUUCCGUGGUAAAGAAAUUUGGAAAUAUAAUUAUGAAGUGUUGGUACGACUUCCAAGGAAUUGCCUAUAAUAAUAAUUAAUUAAAAAAUUA